AUGUACUCAUCGAUUGACUUAGAUGAGAAAAGCAUGGGCUUUAAGAUUGGUUCGUUGGGAACUCCCGUCCGGUGGGACCGCGAGGACUGGACUUUUUACAAGUACGCUAUGCUGAACGCAUUUGAAGAGAGUUUAUUGGAUGACAUCGCCAGGAGCGAUGUUGUCGAAGAUAAAGACUGGGAUGAAGAGGAGAAAGGAAAUUUCAAGAAGAAACAGGUCAAGAUCAAGAUUUGA